CUGUACACAGAAAAGGGGAGGGGCUAGAACACAGGUAAGUGGGCGUGGUUGCGCGAGUCCAACCCUCCGACUCCGCCCAACUACCAGAGGACUGUAUGAAGAAGCAGACAUGAACAUCAGGAACGCCACAGCAGAAGAUCUGCUAAAUAUGCAGAACUGCAAUCUUCUCUGUCUGCCAGAGAACUAUCAAAUGAAGUACUACUUCUAUCAUGCUCUGUCCUGGCCACAGCUCUCUUAUGUAGCAGAGGAUGAUCGUGGCCGUAUAGUUGGAUAUGUCCUCGCUAAGAUGGAAGAAGAUCCUGAUGAGGUUCCACACGGUCACAUUACAUCUCUGACAACCAUCUCACACAUGCAGGCUGUAAGGCGCACACAUCGGAGGAUGGGCAUGGCUAUGAAGCUCAUGGAUCAGGCAUCACGUGCUAUGGUGGAGUGUUAUGGUGCUAAAUAUGUGUCUCUACAUGUCCGAGUAAGUAACAGGGCGGCACUCCAUCUGUAUGAGACUACUCUCAAGUUCAAGCGUGAAGAGGUAGAGGCCAAGUAUUAUGCUGAUGGGGAAGAUGCUUAUGCUAUGAAGAGAAGCCUUACAACUCUGGCAGACACUGUCAAGAGAGAGACAGAGCUGAAGAAGAGGCGCUCUAAAGAACAACAGACACUCUAGCACUAUUGUAUGUGGUUGAUGUAUGGGUCCGAGAAUGACUGUACUUUUGUGAUAA